AUGCCUUCCACCAUUGAUAAUCCAGUCGACAAGGAAGAAAUUGUUGUCGUGAAGAUAGAAACACCUACAGAAGUCUACCAUGGAACAUUUACUUUCGCCAGAGCAGUUCUCUUGAAAUGCAUCGGCUACAUCGUUAGUCUAUUGAAAAGUUUGGGUCGCCUCUGGAUGGAGCAUUACCCGCAAAUAGUUGGGGGAAUCAUGCUCCCAUCCCCAAUUAAGUUUAUUAUCGUCGGUUUAGCUGCCUUCGCUGAAAUGAAAUCGCAAGGCUCUGAAUUUCCUUUCAAAACCCACCCUCUAACUAUGAAUGUCGCCAUUGCGGGUCUACUCUUUUAUGGUUUGGCUUCAGCAGCCCAGCAUUUCAUUUCUGCCUGCACACGUCUUGGUCCUGCUUCCGUCUAUGCCAUUGUUGCUCACUCGGGAAGGAUUGGUUGUUUGUGCAUUUUGGUAGCAUCUGUCGCAUCAUUGUUCUAUCUUUGA